AUGAGCACUCAGUACAGCUCAUCCCUGGUCGUCCGCGUAUCCGAAGGCCAAUCACCGAAAUUGGUUAGAGAAUCAAUUCCUGUUCCGUCACCAGGCCCUGGACAGGUGCUUGUUAAAGUGUCUCAUGUAGCUCAAAACCCGACAGAUGUUCAAUCUUUUGACAGCAAUGCUUUUGGCGAUGGAACCGUGCUGGGCUGUGAUUUUGUCGGGGAAGUGGUUCAAGUUGGCGCGGGAGUAACACGAUUAACUAAAGGCGAUAUCGUAGCGGCAUUGAUCUGGGGAGGCGAGACCAAGGGACUUGGUGCAUACAGCGAGUACUGUCUGGCUGACCAGCGAAUUGCCUUUAAGGUGCCUACAACUCUCUCGCGUGAAUAUGCUAGUACAGUACCCCUCGCUGCAGCCACUGCGUGGCUCGCAUUAUUCUCCCCAGAUUGUCUCAAUCUCGACCGUGCCAAAGCACAGGGUAAAAGUGUGCUGGUGUGGGGAGGUAGCACCAGUGUCGGUCUGUAUUCUAUUCAAAUCGCGUCCCUCUAUGGGUUCGAUGUGAUCACUACCUGCAGUCCCCAUAAUGCAGAACUAGUGCGAUCAUAUGGUGCGAAAUAUGCUUUCGAUUAUAAGGAUGAGGAGGUGGCGGAGGAGAUUCGAAAAGCUGCCCCAAAUAUCUACCAUGUUUUUGACACUGUUGGAGAUCGAGGUUCAUCCCUGACGGCUUCACGAGUGUUCGGUAGCUGUCAAGGAAGCAUCUGCACGGUGCGACCGGGCAAAGCAAAUACUGAGGGUGUCUCCGAGAAAGCCCAUGUUACAGACGUGUUGGUGUGGACGACAUUUCUCAAGGACCAUAGCUAUGGGAAGUUUCAUUGGCCGGCAUCUGAAAAGGAUCAUGAGCUAGCGAGCGAACUGUUUGAGAAACUAGGUCCGUGGCUCGAGGAGGGCACGAUCAAGCCAAAUGUUACAAAGGUGCUUUCUGGAUUGGACGCUGUUUCUGAUGGUUUCCAGAGAUAUAGGGAUGGGAAAAUCUCAGCAUAUAAGAUUGUCUAUCAGAUAUGAAGCACGGCAUCAAUCGCAGCUCGACUACUUUGAGGGUAACUUGGGUCUCUGGAAAUGACUCUAGAAAUUUUGGACUAUUCCGCUACAACUAUCAAUUCUCUUACAGUAUCUUUAGCUAUGAAUGCAUGCUCUAUCCUCACUACUAUUGAUCUUCGUACGUUGGUGCAAGUUGACGGGAACAGUUGCAGAUAUAUCUCCACACUAGCAUGCUUCUAUGUCCAUAGCACUGCCAGUAUGUCCAAGUGUUGACAAAUUGAUCGUCCAAUAAGCAAAUUACCUUCACACAGAGUCUAAUAAAUAUAAUGGUUAUAUCCAGGUUUGCCUAUCGGCCCGCCAAAUCAAACGGUGUCAACAAUUAGGUGGCCGAAAUUGACCGCCAGAUCCUGACCUUCGUUAGAAGGCUUCGCCGCGUAUAGUCCCACCCAGAGGUCUUGGACGUUCUGCUCCUCGAAAAACCAAGUGACCUCACGGAGAGGAUUCUUCUGCACGCCUUCAACUAAGUAGAUCCACAGACUAUUGUCUGACUCUCUGACGAUCUCCAGCGUUGCUGCUCCACCACCUGAAGGGACCGGUUGUAAACUCCAGUCCGCAAAUCUAUCCUUCGCAACGGUGCUCAA